UAAGAUUUGUAUUUACAACUGGUUGUCAAAGUAGCGCCGCCUUUAAGUCAUCCUACCGUUGCAGUCCAGCAGAUGUAAGAAAAUGUAAUACAAUUCUCAAGAAUAACGACAAGUUGGCAUUGUUCCAGUAUUUUGUAGUAGACCUGCAGCAUGAGCUUCAUAACAGCUCUAAUCUUGAAGUCUGCCAAACUGAGUCGACUCUGUUUACCCUCUCCUCAUGUGGGACUUUAACCCUCAUCUGCAACUGGUCCUCCUUCUUCGUUACACUGUUUAUGCCUCCUCGAGAAGAAACCAUGUUUUCAUUCGCUGUAGUUUUUUUCAGUUUAACUUUAACUUCGGCUUUAGUCAAACUUGAGCCUGGUGGGGACUCUUCGUACGUCGCUGCUGUGUACGAGCAUAGUGUGAUCCUGAACCCGGAGCCCCACGUCCCCCUCUCCAGCCCCGCCGCCCUGCAGCACUUGCAGAAAAACCUUGAUAUCUACGAGGAGCAGGCUGCACGCGCCGCUCAGCAGGGGGCCCAGAUCCUGGUGUUUCCAGAAGAUGGUCUCCAGGGGUUCAACUUCAGCCGUUCAUCUAUCUCAGGUUACCUUGAAACAAUUCCUGACCCCCAACAAGAGAGCUGGAACCCCUGUACAGAGCCCCAGAAAUACAACAACACUGAGGUUCUCCAGCAGUUGAGCUGUAUGGCUCGUCGACACAACCUCUACAUUGUGGCCAAUAUGGGUGACCGGCAGCCCUGCCCUCUGACCACUGAUCCUACAUCUUCCUGUCCUUCUGAUGGACACUGGCAGUUCAACACUAAUGUGGUUUUCAGCUCAGAAGGCCUGCUAGUGGCACGUUACCAUAAACACAACCUCUACUUUGAGAGAGCCUUUGACACUCCCCCGCAACUUGAGAUCGUUACAUUUGACACUCCUUUUGCUGGAAAAUUUGGCCUCCUGAUUUGCUUUGACAUCCUCUUCCACGACCCAAAAGUUACUCUUGUUGAGAAGGGGGUACGUCAGUUUAUCUUCCCCGAAGCCUGGAUGAACCAACUCCCCUUACUGGACACAAUCCAGUUCCAGCGAGCGUUCAGCUUGGGUGCUAAUAUCACCCUGUUAGCAGUCAACAUUCGAAAUGAUGAACUCAUUAUGACUGGAAGUGGAAUCUACACGCCUUUUUCUGCCACCUACCACCACGCACAGAGAGGAGACCCAGAGGAGGGCAGGCUGCUGGUGGCCAGGGUGCCAGUCUUAGACCCAGAGUGGAGGGCCACAGGGGAAGGGGUGUCCACGUCAUCUGCAGCUGCAGAAUCUGGAUUCUGUGACAGUGAGAGCUGCUCUGAUGCAUCUUCAGUCCCUCCAUCAUCUGACACUUUCACUUCAUCCAUGAUGUACGACCCCUUUACAUUUGCCCUCUUAAGCGAGACAGAGGGCAGAGUUAAAGUGUGUGAUGGCACCUUUUGCUGUCACCUGCAGUACCAGCGGUAUACACAGGGUGGCAGUGAGGAGCUGUAUGCACUGGGAGCGUUUGCUGGAACCCACGUGGUCAACGGACGCUACGCCCUGCAGGUGUGUGCACUCGUCCGUUGUGCAGGGUUGGACCCAAGCUCCUGUGGACAGAUAGUGGAAGAGGCUGAGUCAAAAAUGGACUUCUUGUUAGAGGGGAAGUUUGGAACCAGGUACGUGUACCCAUCAGUUUUGGCUAACAGGAUGGUUCUGGAGGAUCCAAAGCAUUUUGAAAAAGCUGCAGAUGGAAGAGUGACCAUGAAACACUCAGACAUGACUGCUGGGCUGAUCACUGCCUGUCUGUAUGGACGGAUGUAUCACCUGGACAAUGAAUGAACUCAUUCUCUUAAUAUGAAAUACAAAUGUCAGAGUAAUAUCUUGUCUCAUGUCCACUCUGCAAUGAAUCCAAAACAAAUAUCUUUAUUCAUUCAUGACUUAAUCUUUACAAACAUUGCACCAAGUAGUUCAUCCUCUGCCUAAAAGUUGCGUGUCCCUAAGAAGGCAAUAAUUAUUAAUUUUCAUAAUGUCUCUCUCUCUCUCUCUCUCUCACACACACACACACACACACACACACACACACACACGAAUACAAAGAUUCAGCUACGUUCCCCUGUCUCCAGUACAGUACACAGACAUCGAGUAGUUACAGCAUUACAAGAUAAAGGUUCCUCAGGCCGUUCAUUCAGUCAUCAUCUGACUCCUGACCAAUUCAGUAAAUGUUUCAUACAUCCACCUGCUGUCAGACUCUGCCACCAUGGAUUCAAUCUCCACUCUGUAAAAAAAUGUAGUGUUCAACAAUAAUUUCCUACCAGAGAAUUAAAAAGAGGGUCAAAACAACGAGGCAGCAUCACCAAUGUGGAUGAGGAGUUACAGCCAUCAUGGCAGCUCAGAAAGGAUUAAAACUUCAAAGAACAGUGGGAAAAAAAACAGUAUUCAAUGUCCUGGUCCCAUAAGAUUGUCCCUCUGUUUGUCAUUUGAGUCCUCUGAGCCUUUCUCUGGAUCCUUUUCUAGUGAAAGUUUGAUGGGAAACCUGUGAAAAGAAUUAAAACCACUCCAGAAAA